UCGUUACUACGGUGUCACUUUAUUUUAAAUUAAAAUGUUGUUUAUUUUAUUAAACACAAUUAAUUAUUUGAUUUAUUUAAUUUUAUAAAAAAUGAGCAAAAGAACCACCACGGGUUUUAUUAACUCGUGUGAAAAAAUAAGACCUGAGCGAUCAAGGAAUCCUUGUUUGCAACGGCUUGUUUGGACAAAUAAAUCAACGGAUAAAAUAAAUAUCAGGGGAACAAGAUACUGGGGAUUUGAUAACGCGGUUAUUGGUGAUGAUCUUCAAGUUACUAAUCCUCGGGUCGCGUUAAGAAGAUUGUUAAGAUUGUACGAAGGACGUCAGUACCGCGAGGCGGCAAAUUUUCUAACAAAACUACCACGAUGCACUUUAGCAUCAACAUUAACAGACUUUCCCGUGGACUUGGUGAUCGAAACUCUCCCACGAAGUUUAUCACUUCUAGAAGCUUUGUAUUCCCGGUUGCCUGAACUUGGUCUCAACAAUAACAAUAGCAACAAUAAUAACAGAGAAAUACAACAAGAUGAAUUGUCACGUUUACUGAGGGUCGAACAACUACUCUGGAAAGUAGUUCAUCUUAUUUCCGUCUGUCAAGAUCAACAGCGCAUUAAAAUUUGGACAAAACUUAUCACAUAUAUUUCCCAUGUUUAUCCUAAUACGCGCAAGCUUUUAGUUAAUCGUAAAAAAGCUCUAGACGAAACGAUUGAGGGCUUGGGAAAACACGGGCCGAUACCCUGCCAAAUUACCAGUGAGGAUAAACGAUCUGGACAUCAGCAGGAUACUAAACUUUUACCGCUAACAGCUAAAUUCAAGGAUGAACUUGAAACUAUGAUUGACGCUUACAAACUUGCACUACACAAGAUUGAUAAUUUUGGUAAAGAUGCUUCCAGGAGAUCGAAAGGCGAUCCCCAUGGACUUAAAUCUGCUUCACAUCAGCGACUUUUGUCAUUGAAAUACAGCGAGGUUCAACAACGUCUCAUUGAUAAUCAGAGUCUACUGAAUACCCUAGAGAAGGCCAACGGGCGUAACUUGACAGAGUUAUCUACCGAAUUGUUACGUCGAGUCGAACAGGACAAAGAAGCUCUGCGUCAGUGGACAUCUUUAAGGAAAUUCACUGGGGAAAAUAACAUCGAAAUACGUUCCAGCUCUACUCACACCCUCUACAACUCAGCCGGUGCCAGUGCUGGUGUUAGUGCUGAUAAUGCGACCAAAGAGCAGCCAUCCCUGGCAGCCCGACUCUUACAAUUUUCCCGAGCUUGCGGGAUCGUGCUGGAGAUGAUGAACAAAACUCACGACUCGAGGUCUGAUUGGUCCUGCGAUUUUCUCGCUGCCGAGGAUGAAAAAUACGACGUGGCUGAGUCUAGUAGCGCUGGGUAUCACACUGACGACAGCUACAGCCCCGAACCACCUUGCCCCUACUUCACUGGGUUACCUGGAGAAAUUUAUAAUAAUAAUAAUAAUUAUUAUGAUGGCAAUAAAAAAGCUCAUGCGGUCACAAUGACUACGGAGCAACUGAGGGAUAAAUACGCAGCGCUGUACGCGCAAGCACAUUUGCAUACUCUUGAUGCUCUAGACGCUUUGGAACCUCUCAAAGAAGCUACGGAUCUAAAAGCCAAAAUCCUCUUUUCUGUUAUCGUUCUAUCCUGGCGAAUCGCUGACAGCAUCCAAUCAUCCCGAAAGCACGAGGCGGUAGAAAUCUUAUCCGGGGCUGAGUCAGCAUUAGCCGAGGAACAAGGGCUCAUACUGUCGCUCGAUGUGGAAGCUUGCAUGCGCCGCCAAUUAGCAACAGCUGGAUACUCAACAGGUACACGGCAAGUUGCAUCGCGAGUUAUGGACCAACUCAGAACUACACUAUACGAUUACCCGUGCAUCGAAAAUUGCAAGGAGCUUAAAAAUUACGCCCUCGAAAGCGCACAUCUUGCCUGGUCAUGCCUAGCACACGACACUCCACUAAUUAUCGAUACUGUCGAGUCUUCGAGAGUGAGAUUAUCACUCGAUGUUGAAUUCAGGCGUGAAUUACAUUCAAGACAUCACACAUCACCCAAUCCAAUGGGUAAGAAAAUCGUCGGGGUAAUUUGGCCAGGUCUACGUCAAACAAACUUACAAGGCCCUUGCUUGUACCGAGCGGUUGUUCUCACCACUUAAACUUUUCACUACUACUAUUACGUAUAUAUGAAAGUUGUUAAAGUUUACGAUCAGGUGUUGUAGAUUAUUGGAGCUUGCAAGCUUCCCAGAGUUUAAAACUUCACUUGUUGAUCUAUUUAAGUUUAAGAUUUUUUUUUUAUUUAUUUAUUUAUUACUUUUUUUACUUCGCCUUGCAUUUAUUUAAUCAGGUGA